CAGUCGCAGUUGAAACAACAAAGCAAAGUCAGGCAACAUGAUGAGGGCAACACUUUUCGCAGCAACUCUGGUCUUCGCCGUGGCCGUUGUCCAGAGCGAUCCGAACUUCCCGCAGCUGAUGAAACAGUGCCUGGAGGAGACGAAGGUGUCGGAGCCCGAGCUAAAGGAGUUCAUGAACAGCGGCAUGAUGACCAAUCCCAACGAGAACAUCAAGUGCUACACCAAGUGUCUGAUGGAGAAACAAGGUCACAUGGUCAAUGGUCAGUUCCAGGCGGAUGCCAUGAUGGCCACCCUCAGGAAUGUACCCCAACUCAAGGAUAAACUGGCCGAAAUCUCAUCCGGUGUGGAUGCCUGCAAGGCCAUUGGUGGCACCAACGAUUGCGACAAGGCCUUCAAGAUCUCCAUGUGCCUCAAGGAGCACAAGGCUAAAACGAUGAAAAAUUGAUUACCUUAAGCAAUUCUAAGGCGUUUUAUUUUAUUAAAUGUAUUGCAAGUAACAUUUUGUCCAAUAAUAUAAUGCAAUAAAAAUAAGAUUUUGGUGUUGGGAAUUUUUGCACGU